AUGGCAAAGGAGAGCAUCGGGCUGCGGCCCGAGGACCUGUGGCCGGGACCCACCACCAACUCCAACACCCCGAGCGGCCAGAGCACGUCGGGCACCAAGCAGAGGAGCCGGGGAAGAGCGACCCGGCCGCUGCCAGUCUCCCUCCUCCUAGCCCUCUAUCUCCUCCUGGUGGUGACAGGUCCUCGCCUCGUGUCCCGUCGGGAGCCUCUGAGGCUGGCAGGACCCCUCGCGGCCUACAGCCUGGGCCUGGUGCUUCUCUCGGGGUACGUGUUCUAUGAGUUCGUGGCCACCUCGCUCCUGGCUAAUUACAGCUAUUUCUGCCAGCCAGUGGACGACAGCCGGAGUGGGCUCGGGAUAAGGAUGGCGAGCGUGUGCUGGUGGUGCCUCUCAAAGGCCAUUGAAUUGCUUGUCACGGUCUUUUUAUACUACGAAAGAAGCCCAAACAGAUCACCUUCCUGUACGUCUACCACCACGGCACUGUGCUCCUCAACUGCCUUCUUUGCCGGGAUGCUGAAUUCUUUGGUCCAUGUCUUCACGUACCUGUACUAUGGACUGGCCAGUCUGGGGCCCCGCCUGCGACCCUACCUGUGGUGGAAGCGACAUCUUACCAUCCUGCAGCUGAGAGAGAAACAGAGGACCAGCAAAAGGAAGUGUACCACUGAGAUCGCGUGGGAUGUUGGAAGCAAACAUCUGCUGCGCUGUUUAUGACCGGAACUGGAUGGGUGCCUGGAAUGCAGUUUUCCUGGGAGCUGCCUCUAUGCCUGCAGGAUGCUGUUCUCCUUUAUAACCUCUCCCCGUAGCUCUUUUCCUUCACUCGGGAAGUUCUUAUUUUGCCAUAAGAACUCAACAGUCAAGAACAUUAAAGACCUGCUGAAGUUUC